AUGACCGACGAGGACGGCACACAGCUCUGCAUCGAGCUCUCGACGCCGCUCUGGGGUGAGGAAAGCGCCGGCUACGAGUGGGAAUGCACCUUCAACGAGACCAUCAAGAGCCUCGGUUGGAUGCCGUGUCCGGGCGUCCCCGCCAUGUUCUCCUACCACGGUGAGCACGGCGAGGCUCGCAUGAUCACCAUCGUUGACGACUUCAUGAUCUCCGAGGUCAACGGCACCGCCGCCACCGACGCCACCAUCGCCGCGCUCAAGGCCGCGUUCGACGGCGAGGUCAAGGUCGAUUACAGCCCCACCUCCUUUGCCGGUCUCAAGCUCGAGCGUGACCGCGAGCGGCGCACUCUCACGCUGUCCAUGCCGCAGAAGAUCAUCGAGGCCGCUCGCGAGCACAUGCCCGAGCUCCUCCGCGCCUCGCCGUCGCCGCCGACUCGCUCAAGCUCGCCGAUCGCGACGGCAAGCUGA